CGAAUCCUUCGUGGUUGCAGGAGCAAGCAGUGCCUCUACUGUAGUGUGGAUGAGGGAGCCAUGGCUGACCACACCUCCCCACUGGAGUCCGGCCAGUUGCUUAGCCCAGACAUCCCAAUGCUCACCUCCCCGCCUCCACCGACCCACCCGCCCAACAUUGUCAACGGAGAUGGACCGCAACAGGUAAUCUUGGUGCAGGUAAACCCAGGAGAGGCCUUCACGAUCCAGCGAGAUGAUGGUCAGUUUCAGUGUAUCACAGGUCCUGCUCAGGUUCCCAUGAUGUCCCCAAAUGGUUCAGUGCCUCAAAUCUAUGUGCCUCCUGGAUACGUUCAACAGAUCAUUGAGGAGAACGGAGUGAGGCGGGUGUUGGUCUUACCUCAGACGGAGUUUCAUCCGGGGGGCCAUUCCCCGCUUCACCACCCGCCCCCUCCGCCGCCCCACGCCCACCUCUGGAAAUGGACUGGCUACCGUGGUCGUUAG